GAGUUGAAACGCUGAACGAGAAGAAGAGUUCUUAUAAGAUUCAGAUCUAAGAUCUAACAUCUAACCUUUUUAGUUCAUAUGCAUUACAAAAGCCGAACAACCCAUACACAUACAGCGAUAAAAAUUUUCGGUUAGGAAUACUUUGAUAUUCUGACUUUGAGAAGACAAGUUUAAGAUCCACUCGCACAAAUAGAUUCAAUAAGUGCUAAUUUUAUCAGAAUUUAACAAAUAUGUCGCAAGAAGAUUAUAAAGUCGCUGAUAUUAGUUUGGCUGAUUGGGGAAGAAAAGAUAUUAUUCUUUCUGAAAAUGAAAUGCCAGGACUCAUGGCACUCCGCAAAAAAUAUGGUUCUACUAAACCUCUACAAGGAGCCAGGAUAGCAGGUUCUUUACAUAUGACUAUUCAGACUGCUGUUUUAAUAGAAACCUUAAUUGAAUUAGGAGCUGAGGUGCGAUGGUCAAGUUCGAAUAUAUUCAGUACCCAAGAUCAUGCUGCUGCAGCUCUGGUGCAAAAAGGCAUAGCCGUCUUUGCCUGGAAAGGAGAAACUGAGGAAGAAUAUAAAUGGUGUCUCGAACAAACUAUUAAAUUUCCAGGUGGUAAAAGUUUCAAUAUGAUAUUGGAUGAUGGUGGCGACCUCUGCUCGUUAAUUCAUGACAAAUAUCCAAGCUUAUUGAUAGAUUGUAGGGGAGUAUCAGAAGAAACCACAACUGGAGUUCACAAGUUAUAUGAUAUGUUGAGAGAGAAAAAAUUGAGAAUACCUGCCUUCAAUGUUAAUGACUCCGUAACAAAGAGUAAGUUUGACAAUCUUUAUGGUUGCCGUGAAUCUCUCAUAGAUGGAAUCAAGAGGGCUACAGAUGUAAUGGUAGCUGGCAAAGUCGCUGUAGUAGCCGGUUACGGUGAUGUUGGCAAGGGAUGUGCUCAAUCCCUUAGAGCCUUAGGAGCUAGAGUUAUCGUUACUGAAGUUGACCCCAUAUGUGCUUUACAAGCAGCAAUGGAAGGAUAUGAAGUCACUACAAUGGAUGAAGCAAGCAAAGAGGGACAGAUAUUUGUAACAACUACUGGAAACAAAGACAUAAUUACUGGUGAACAUAUGAUGAACAUGAAGGAAGAUAGCAUAGUGUGUAAUAUAGGUCAUUUUGACAUUGAGGUAGAUGUGAAAUGGUUGGAAGAGAAUGCCGUUUCCAAAGUUAAUAUCAAACCUCAAGUUGACAGAUAUACAUUGAAAAAUGGUAAACAUAUUAUUUCCUUAUGCGAGGGAAGAUUAGUCAACUUGGGAUGUGCUACUGGCCACGCCUCAUUUGUAAUGUCCAACUCUUUUACCAAUCAGGUAUUAGCGCAAAUUGAGCUCUGGACAAAACCAGGAGAAUAUCCAAUAGGAGUUUACCGUUUACCGAAACAUCUAGACGAAGAGGUCGCCAGACUGCAUUUGGACCAUUUGGGUGUUAAACUCACCAAACUUUCGCAAGAACAGGCCGAUUAUAUGCGAGUGCCAAUUAAUGGACCUUUCAAACCUGAACAUUAUAGAUACUGAGUAUUCAAGCAACUGUAAUCAUUGGUAUUUUAUAUUUACAGUGAAAAAAUAAAGUAUUUUGAAACUUAA